AUGGCUCGUGCCUUAGAAUCAGAUGUGGUCAAUAUACUGGAAGAAAAUCUGGAAUGUGCUGUUUGUCGGAACCCGUUAAAAGACCCGAGAACUCUUCCUUGUUUCCACUCAUUCUGUAAAGAUUGCUUAGAAGGCGUUGUGAAAACAUGUCGUGACGAAGCACCUCGCGGUCGACCAGUUCGAGAGUUUCCUUGUCCAAAUUGUCGAGAGAUGUUUACACUCGAUCCUGACAAAAAUGUCGCCAACAUGAGAAGAAAUCAUUUCAUCUGCAACAUGGUAAAAGCGACAGCCAUACUGGAUCGUGGAACUGGCGUUCCGUGUUCACAUGAUUGUAUUAAAGGUUACUCAAUCUCUCGCUGUGUCACUUGUGAGAAAUUCUUGUGCCGAAAAUGUCUGACAGACCACAACAGUUAUCGAGGACACGCUGGCCAUUCUGUUCUGACGAUGGAAGAGUUGUCAAAGCCGGAGAAUCGUAAGAAAAUCAAGGACAAAAUGUAUUGCAAUGAACAUCCGGGCGAGAUAUUAAAAGUUUAUUGUGAAACCUGCGACCAACUGAUUUGUAAGGACUGCAUGGAUUUUAAACACACGAAGCCAGAUCAUUCAUGUUUUCUUGUUAAAGAUGUCGCUAAUAAAUAUAAGGAACUACUAGCUUCAAAAAAUGAAACAAUGGAUGGUGUUUUAGCUCAAGGCAAUGCUUUUGUCGAAGGAUUAACACAUACAAAAGAAAUACUUGAUCUAAAUUCUCGCGCAGUUAAAAGUACAAUUCGUGAAAGAAAAGAAUCUAUAUUAAAAACAUUUAUCGACAUGUUGAAUCGAAAAACUGAAACACUUCUGAACGAAGAGGAUCGAAUCCACCAAGACGAACGGAAAAAGUUAGACAAACAGACUCGAGAAACAAAUCAGUAUUUGGAAAAUUUAAAAAGAUCUGUUCAACUUUCAAAAAGUUUAGUCGACCAAGGCACUGAAGAAGAAAUAAUAUCAUCUCAAAAAAUGAUGUUGAAUAGCUCGAGCAGUCUCCUGAGGAAAAGACAGGAUUAUUCUGUGCGAAAUAUACAGUAUGCUGUGCCGAGCUACACUCGGCCCUGUGCUGACAAAAAUCUAUUAAGUGAAGAUACUUUUAGCGAUAUGGAAAAGAGCUUGGGGAAAGUGAAUACAAAGUUAAGAGUUUACAAAUCCAGUCUUAAUCUAAAAUCAUCAGGAUUUUCUGCGUCCCAGAAUUAUUCCAGUCCUUUAGAUCAAAGACCUAUUCGUCUGGAUCUAUAUUCCAGUUAUUCGGAGGGAGAAAAAGAUGACUGGGCACUCAAUGUGAAGCAAAAUCGACAUGCUAAUGUACCGCAGAAAGGGAAGAAGAAACCUCACAGUCCACCGCGGAAAACGCUUACUCAGAAAUUAAGUCAAAUAACCGAACGGGCAAGCCUGUGGGCAGAUGAUCUCUCUCUCGGUAGAUCCAAUCGGGAGUCAAAGCCAAGUGACACUAAAUUGCAAACUAACAACGUAAAGAAAUUCUUCAAUUUGUCGUCGAGAAGGUCUCGAAUGAAAUCAGCUUCUACACCUGAUUUGUCAAGAAUGAGUGAGGAUGAUCAUUGCACUGGGUUUGGAUGGGGUUCAGAAGCCAAAUUCCUCGGCUUGCAGAAAUCACGAAAAACGAGUUACAUAUGAUGACUGAAUCUCAACAAUAAUGAAACACGAAAACCAAUUCUUCUGAGUGCAACUUUAUGUAGUGCAUUAAAACGUCCAGACACAUGCAUGUCUAAUGUUUAUAUAAACUUCUUUAAUUAACUUUUUAACUUGUUAGGUGAGCCGCGAUGAGCGUAUCAAGACUAAGG